GAUUGAAUGAUUGUUCAAUAAUUAUGUCUACAGGUAGAUUUCUACAGUUUGAAUUGAUUCAGCACCACCAUGUUUAAAUUAACUCUACUAGCAGGACUGGGACUCCUGCUUUCUCUUCAGUUUGCCUAUUCUACAAAACUGGUGUGCUACUUUAGUAACUGGUCCCAGUACAGGCCUAGCAAUGGCCGUUUCACUCCUGAGAAUGUUGAUCCCUUCCUCUGCACACAUGUCGUCUAUGUACUGGCAACCAUUAACCUAGACAAUCAGCUUACUACUAUAGAAUGGAAUGAUGAGGACAUGUACAAGAAACUGAACAGCCUGAAAAAUGUAAACCCUGAUUUGAAAACACUGCUGUCAGUUGGAGGCUUGUACAAUGGCAUCAAUCCGUUUAUUAAUAUGGUGGCAACUCCAGAAAAUCGUAAGACCUUCAUCCGUUCUGCUCUGCUUUUCGUCCGGAAUCAUGGCUUUGAUGGCCUAGAUCUGGCCUGGGAGUUCCCUGGACAGAAUGGAAGUCCUCCUGAUGACAAGCAGAGGUUUACUGCACUGAUAAAGGAGAUGAAGCAAGCCAUUAAACAGGAAGCCAUAGACACCAGGAAAACACAGCUGUUGCUUUCAAUUAAAGCAGGAGCCCUUAAGCCCACCAUUGAUGCUGCUUAUGAAGUCCCUGAAAUAACAAGUGAAGUAGACUUUCUCAGCAUCAUGACUUAUGACUAUCAUGGUUCAUGGGAGAAGGUUACAGGUCACAACAGUCCUCUUUUCAAGAGUUCUCUAGAUCAAGGAACCCAUGCCCAACACAAUAUUGAUGCUACAGUGUCUUACUGGAUAAGCAAAGGGGCUCCAGCUGAAAAGCUGCUUCUUGGUUUCCCCACAUACGGACGCACUUUCCGCCUUACCACAUCCUCAUCAGGACUUGGUGCACCAACCAAUGGCCCAGCUGAUGCUGGUCCUUACACACGUGAUCCUGGCUUUUGGUCUUAUUAUGAGAUUUGUACUUUUGCUGCGGCGGCGAAGGUAGAAUGGAUCACUGAGCAAAGUGUUCCAUUUGCCACUCAUGGAACAGCUUGGGUGGGCUAUGACAACCAAGAAAGCUUUGCUGCCAAGGUUCAGUGGCUCGCAUCCAUGAACCUAGGUGGGGCAUCAGUAUGGACCCUUGACCUGGAUGAUUUUGGAGGACAUUUUUGCUCACAGGGAGACUAUCCUCUUGUUAACCACCUACGCAACUCCCUGGGUUUCCCUCCGAAGCCAACCACCACUCGUCCCCCAACCACUACCCCAGAUCCUAUUGCCUCCUUUUGCUCUGGAAAACCAGAUGGUUUAUACCCAAACCCUGCUGAUGCUACCACCUAUUUUCAGUGCUUCCGUGGAAACACCUACUUGCACCAGUGUCAACCAGGCCUGGUCUAUGUUGAUGCCUGCAAAUGCUGCAACUGGCCAUAAGGAGCUAAAAGAAAUAUGUUCAAAUAUUAAAUAAAAUGAAAGCUGUGUUUCUCCACACAAUAAUUUGCAUGACCGAGUUUAUACUGUACAUUCUAUCAAUUUAUUAACAUUGUUGACUAUCACUUAUUAUUUUUAAGAUGAGUACUUUCUUUGGGCUGUCAAAAAUAAAAACUUUACUCUUGUUUUCAUGUUUUUCAUGUUUCUGGUUAAAUAUCUAAGUCCUAGAGACAAAAAUAUCUUGAAACACAUUUGCACUACCGCUCAAAAGUUUGGGAUCACUCAAAAAAUUUUAUUGUUUUCCAAGGAAACACACACAAAAUUAGUCUAAAUAGAAAAUAUAGCAAAAGACCAGGACAUGCUAACAUGUCAGAGUUAGAAAUAAUGAUUUUGAUGGAAAUGAUGAAUGUUUUCUUCAAACUUUGCCUUCAUCAAAAAACACCUUUUGCAGCAACUACACCCUGUGCAUUCUAGCUGUCAAUUUUUCAAGAUAAUCUGAUGAGAUUUUACCCCAUGCUUCCUGGAGCAUCUCCCACAAGAUGGAGUCUUCCUCUGUAGCUGAAAUAUGCAAGU